AUGGAAGACGAAGGGGGGGAGGAAGACUCACUGGAUCAGUUAGCAGUCCUAUCUGAUGUUUCGUCUGAUAAUCACGAAGUUGCUAUUGCAAAAUUGUUAAAUGUAGAUGAACCAACAAAACAUGAUGGACAAACUAAGCGAAUCAAACACAAAUCUAAAGUGAAGAAACACUAUUAUACUAAUAGAGGAAAACCAGGUGAAGAUUCAAGCGACAUCAAGGUUGGAACUUCUCCUUUUCAAUACCCUGAGGAUCUGGCAAUACUCGCCCAUGACAUAUUGACGAAGGCCUGGAGAAAUGAUGAGAGAAUCAAGCAGUUGAAAGUUAAAUGCAUUAAUAAGUCUACCAAGAGAAAAAGAAGAGAUUUUCAAAUGUUGCACGUCAAGGAUCCACCCAAAGACAGUAUGAAAACAGUGUGUGAUGUGGAUCCACAUUAUUUUAAAAUGAUCGAGAGUAAACCAGAGAAGCUCAACAUCAAAGAUUACAUUCAAACUUUACGAGAUUCACUAAGAACAAAAAUUGUUAAUGGAUAUAGGGAAGACGAUAUAUUACUAAUGGACGAAAGUCUUCGAUCUGAACAUAAGAUGCUUCAUAUUAUUCAGGAAAAUUAUCAAAAAUAUUUUAAUAUUUUUGAGGAGUUUUUAUACAGAGAUCAUAUGUCUGCUAUGCAGUUACUGAACGAUUCUGAGAUGGCAGCGGCUGAGGCUUACGAAGAGUAUCUGGAGUACAAAAAUGUUGCUAAAAAACUUUCCGCUUUAAGGUCGACUUUGUUCAUUGCCGAAGAGAAAUGGCGAAAUAUCAAAGUUUAUCAAAAGUUUUUGUAUACCGUCAGCCCUGCAUCGUGGAAAGCUUCUCAACCAAAAUACAGACGUGCAAGUUGUUUAUACAAAGAAGAAUCUGAGGACGACAUCAAUAUUUUUGGAACAUACAGGGAGUCAAUUACAUGGAGGAAUAUUUCCUUGGAAGACAUUAUCGACAACUUUUAUAAUGAAUCAAGAACUGAACGACCUCCAGAAAUCUAUUUCACUGAACCAGAUCAACUUUUGGAUGUUUUUCGCUUUCUCGAAUCACAAAACCUGAAUGCUUUACUACACUAUGAGGAAAUGAGGGUUCCAAUGUUACAAGUGAAAGAAGGACUGGAAAGCUGUAAAAAAUUUUUUGAAAACCAUAUCAAGUCCAUGCAAGAUUAUAUCGAAAAACUCCAAGUUUCGAUUCUGUGGGAGGAAGAACGCGAAUCUUACCUCAAAGACCUGAUCAUAAAUCUUCUGAAUAACCAAUUCAGAAAAAUUAUCAUGGAUGAGGAGGUACUCAAUUUGCAGAUUUUUGUUGAAGACGUAUACGAAACAAGAAUUGGUCCAUUAGAUUUUUAUCCGUAUUCCAAAGUAAUGGAAUCCAUCAUCGUAGAAGAUAUGUCAGAAUUUUUAACAAAAAACGCAAUCAUACCACCAGAAAAACAUGGUUUCGUCAAAGGUAGAUCAACCACCAGCAAUCUACUACAGUGCAUGAACGAUUGGACUACAGCUUACGAUAGGAAAAUACCGACAGAUAUCGUUUAUCUUGACUUUGCCAAGGCUUUCGACAGGGUCCCAGUGANAUCUGGGCAGACCUUUUGA